AUGGCUAUGAAUAUUGAUAUGUCCCAGGCUUCGGUCGUGAAAGACGAGCAAGGCAGACCAUUCAUUGUUGUCAGAGAUCAAGGCAAGAAGAAGAGAGUACAUGGAACCGAUGCUGUCAAGUCACAUAUUAUCGCCGCAAGGACAGUAGCGAACAUCGUCAAGACAUCCCUCGGCCCUCGAGGCCUCGAUAAGAUCCUCAUUUCGUCCGAUGGAGAUAUCACAGUUACGAACGAUGGCGCAACCAUUCUCAGCCAAAUGGAGAUCUCGAAUCACGUAGCAAAGCUACUGGUCGAGCUCUCUAAAUCGCAAGACGACGAGAUUGGAGAUGGCACAACAGGUGUGGUAGUUUUGGCUGGUGCGUUAUUAGAGCAGGCGGCAGAGCUCAUCGACAAGGGAAUCCACCCAAUCCGGAUAGCAGAUGGAUAUGACCAGGCUUGCGAUAUUGCUGUUGCGGAGCUGGAUAGGAUUGCCGAUGUCAUUGAGUUCACGAAGACGCAUAAGGAGAACUUGGUGAAGGUCGCCAGAACGAGUUUGGGAAGCAAGAUUGUGUCGAAAGCGCAUGAUCAGUUUGCCAACAUCGCUGUGGAUGCUAUCUUGUCUGUAGCGGAUUUGGAGCGCAAGGAUGUUGACUUUGAUCUGAUAAAGGUUGACGGCAAGGUCGGUGGAUCGCUCGAGGAUUCCCUGUUGGUUCAGGGUGUUAUUGUCGACAAGGACUUCUCCCAUCCACAGAUGCCUUCCGAAGUUCACGAUGCCAAGAUCGCCAUUUUGACGUGUGCGUUCGAGCCCCCGAAGCCAAAGACGAAGCACAAGUUGGACAUUACAAGUGUGGAGGAGUUUAAGAAGUUACAGACUUACGAGAAGGACAAGUUUGCGGAGAUGAUUCAACAGAUCAAGGAUACUGGUGCCAAUCUUGUUAUUUGCCAGUGGGGUUUCGAUGACGAGGCAAACCACUUGCUGUUACAGAACGAGCUUCCAGCUGUCAGAUGGGUUGGAGGUCCAGAAAUCGAGUUGAUUGCUAUUGCUACCAACGGUAGAAUAGUACCGAGAUUCGAGGACCUUUCAGCGGCGAAGCUUGGUCAGGCAGGUAUCGUACGGGAGAUGAGCUUUGGUACGACAAGAGAGAAGAUGCUGGUGAUCGAGGAGUGUGCGAACACCCGGGCUGUCACUGUCUUUGUCCGAGGAAGCAACAAGAUGAUCAUCGACGAAGCUAAGCGAUCACUUCAUGAUGCCCUUUGCGUUGUACGAAAUCUUGUCAGAGACAACCGCGUUGUGUAUGGAGGAGGAGCCGCCGAAAUUGCCUGUUCCCUCGCCGUCGAAGACGCAGCAGUCAAGUCCCCUGGCCUCGAACAAUACGCUAUGCGAGCAUUCGCCGAUGCUCUCGACGCUGUACCUAUGGCCCUCGCCGAGAACUCCGGUCUCUCACCCAUUGAGACCCUAGCCAGCAUCAAAAGCAGACAAGUUACUGAGAAGAACACCAGAUUGGGUGUGGAUUGCAUGCAGACCGGCAGCAACGACAUGCGGGAUGCAUUUGUCAUCGAUCCAUUAAUUGGAAAGAGACAGCAGUUGAUGUUGGCCACGCAGCUCUGUCGCAUGGUGUUGAAGGUCAAUAAUGUCAUCAUAGCUGGGAGUGACGAGAAUGAAUUCUAA